AUGGCCAGCUUCAUGUCUAGCUUCUUUCCCGGCGGGAAGGAAAAGCUACCAGAAGAAGCUGGGGCUCGCCCGAUAACCCCAAACAAAAACAACAAUUUUGUCGGCCCAACGAGCACACCUCAAGGCAGCCCGAGCAAAAAGACCAUCCCUCCUGGAGCCCAUGACCUUUCUUCCGUCUUCGACAAUGCGAUGAAUCUCCAAGCCAGUGGUAUUGAGGCACCAGUUAAACUUGCCCGCCCUCAAAGCGUCAUCACCACCCAGCUGUCCCCAGGCAAGGGCAAACCCAACCCGUUGGACGAAGCCAACCCCAAUCCCAACUACGACGACAGCGUAAUUCACAAAGGUGCAUCCCCCGGAAGUCCUUCCAAGAAGCAAGGACAGGAAAAUACACCGCCAAUGUCUCGCCUGGCGGCAGCAGACUCCCCAAUCCAGCACAACCACGCGGCCGUGACCCGGCAACAGUUAUAUGAACACCGCGAGCGGUCAUCAGCGCCAGUGAAGAGGUUCAAUACUUCAAGGGGUCUCACGCCCGAGGAGCGAGAAAUACUACAAAAGCCAAAUGUUCGCCGAAUGGUCAAUGUGACGCAGCUUUACUUCCUUGAUUAUUAUUUUGACCUCCUUACAUAUGUUGGAGCGAGACAGAAUCGUCUGCAAGCUUUCAAGUCGGAAUACCCUCCUCCACCGACAACUGACGAAGACACAUUCAACCAGAUGUGGAGUAAAUACGCGGGCAGGGAGAGGGCAAAUCUCCGGAAACGACGAGUCCGCCUGCGCCAUGGCGAUUUCCAGAUCCUCACCCAGGUUGGUCAAGGUGGAUACGGCCAAGUGUUUCUUGCACAGAAGAAGGACACCCGUGAGGUGUGUGCAUUGAAAGUCAUGAGCAAGAAGCUGCUCUUCAAACUGGACGAAGUUCGCCACGUUUUGACGGAGCGAGAUAUUCUUACAACCGCCCAGAGCGAGUGGCUGGUCCGAUUACUGUACUCGUUCCAAGACGAGAAGAGCAUCUAUCUCGCUAUGGAAUACGUUCCUGGCGGUGAUUUCCGGACACUUCUUAACAAUACAGGUGUUCUUUCAAAUCGUCAUGCUCGCUUCUACAUCGCCGAGAUGUUCUGUUCUGUUGAUGCUUUGCAUCAAUUAGGUUAUAUUCACCGUGACCUCAAACCCGAGAACUUCCUCGUGGACUCGACGGGUCAUGUCAAAUUGACUGACUUUGGACUUGCUGCUGGUGUUCUUGCACCAUCCAAAAUAGAGUCCAUGAGAAUUAAGCUAGAGAAAGCCUCCGAGACUGCUGUGCCGUUUGGAAAGCCCAUGGACCAGCGGACCGUAGCCGAGCGUCGUGAGAGUUAUCGCAAUAUGCGAGAUAACGAUGUCAACUACGCCAAGUCGAUCGUGGGCUCACCUGACUACAUGGCACCAGAGGUCCUUAGGGGGGAAGAGUAUGACUACACAGUCGACUACUGGAGUCUUGGAUGCAUGUUGUUCGAGGCGCUCACAGGUUUCCCACCUUUUGCAGGUGCGUCCCCCGAUGAGACCUGGCGCAACUUGAAGCAUUGGAAGGAGGUGCUCAAGCGUCCUGUUUGGGAAGACCCGAAUUACUUCCUGAGCAACCGUACAUGGAACUUCAUUACUACUUGCAUCAACUCUCGUAGCCGUCGGUUCUCGAACAUCAAAGAUAUCUUUGAACAUCAGUACUUUGCUGAAGUUGAUUGGGAUACCCUCCGUCAGAGCAGGGCGCCGUUCGUUCCUGAGCUGGACUCGGAGACAGAUGCGGGCUAUUUCGACGACUUCAGCAAUGAGGCCGACAUGGCCAAAUACAAGGAGGUCCACGAGAAACAGCAGGCCCUCGAGACGAUGGCAGAGCGUGAAGAUGAAAUGAGCAAGAGCCUCUUUGUUGGCUUCACAUUCCGCCACCGCAAGCCUGCAACCGAGGAUGGUGGCAGCCCGAGAAAGCGCAUCCCCACCAGCGAUGACACGUUCGGAACGAUGCUUUAG